AUGAAAGCAAAUCGAUUUAUAAUCCAUAAUCCUACUAUUGAAUCAUACUAAUUGGAAGAAUAUUACAAUCAUUUUAAAAGAAUGGAGGAAAUUGAUAAAGAAAAAAUGAAUAUAUACAAAAGUAUUGAGUCUAAUAAAUCAACAUCAAAUUAUAGAUUUUUAAUGCUUCAACACACUUCUAAAUUUAAUAAAUAACAAUAAUAAAAUGCUCAAGAUCGUCUUUAAAAAGUAUAAUUGACAUUAUUUUAAAUAAGUUAUUGGAUGAUAAAAUUGAAAAAAUAAAGGUAAGAGAAAAUCCAUAUGUCAACUAAAGUAGAUUAAGAGGUAUUUCUUAAGUUGAUCUAAAAAGUGCAAAUAUUAGUUUUAAUAGUUCUUUAGAGACUCUCAACUUAAUGAAAAAACUAUAAACUCUUAAACCAAAUAUCUCAAAGAAGAAUUUAGAUACUCAUUAUGAAAAACAAAAAGAAUAUGGGAGUAGAUUAAGAAAGUUACCAAAGCUUCCAGAUUCAGAUAAAAAAUAUCAAUAUUUUUUUUGA